AUGGCGGGAGCGAGGAGACCCACCCUAGGAUUCCCCGGCACACCGAUUGCAGACUGCACAGAAAAUCCCCAGAAAGGAGGCCGAUCGGGGGAACACCUUGUGGAAGGCGCACUCGUCACUGAGUGCGAUCACCUUGAUAGCGGAAGGCGCUCAAGGUAUAGGAGUCCGAUUACAGGUUGCAUUCAACAAUCCACGGCCAUCAUCAUGUCCAACCUACAUAAUUUCCUGGUGGAACAUGCGAUGUUCUCAUCCCCUCAACCUAAUGAAGACUCAUCUACCGACAUCACAGACAUAUCUCUAGUUGAAGUCCCGUUGCUCGAGAGGGAAUGGAAAGCCAAGCAUGCUGUGCGAGACAAUACCCUUGUUCAGAAACUUUGCAGCACUCUCGAGAACGUCCUUGGAGAUACCCUCUUAUCAGCGGAUGCCGAAAAUCAACUCCUAUCACGGUUUUCACCUCGGAUACAGCUUGGUGCGUUUGGUCGAGAAGACUCUAACUGGAUACGGAAUCCAAGUGAAAGGCAUAGUCAGACACUGUUGUCCAUAGGUGUACUUGACACUUUAGGGGACUGCUUGUGGUUAUACGGUAGACACAACCUGGCAAAAACAGAAAAAGUUGCGGACAGAGGGAGCUCCAGGAUUGACUAUGGUUUAGAAGUGGAUGGCGAAGACGGGAGUCUCCUCGAGAAUGGUAUCGAGCUGUCGUGGGCUCCCGGUCAAACUUUGGCACCGAAGAUGCUUACAAAGGCUGCAUUGACUCUGGGUCUAAGACGGAUGGAGUGGCUCUUUAUUACAUGUCAUAAUUACUGGAUCGUAUGCCGCCUUGUGAGGGACAAUCACCACCCCUUCCUUGCCUACUCGCCAAUGAUCAACAUCGAUGACUCUUCAGUGCCUUUUCGAGCACUCUUUGGUGCCAUGUUGUCCGUUGUCAAGAAUGUUCCUGUCGAGCCUACCGAAUUCAAUCCCAAUAUGGAACUCGAUACUCUCAAAGAACAAGACGAGGGUCCUUCACCUGAAGAUUACAUCGAUGAUCGCUCACCGCAUUCAGGUAGUUUAAUAGCGAACGAUCCUCCGAAUACCCGUAACUGUCACCACACUGGCCAGAGGAAGGCUGAGUCCCGGCUAAUGAUCACUUCAUCCUCCCAAAAUUCGCCUGAAUCCUCCCAAAUCUGGAUACAUCUCCACCCCUUCUCAAACAAUAUUCUCGCCCUUCCGCUGUGCGCCAAUAAUGGGAAUCGGCGCUUGUGGUUGACCCGGUUUGUGGGGUCGGGGUCAACUGGCAAUGCCUGGCAAUGUUGCUUUGAUGGCAGCGUUGACUUUCUCGUCGUCAAGAUUGUCGAGGUGCUACGACGUGCUGACGCAGACAAGCGACAACGGCUCCAUGAUGAGUUCAACAUCUACCUUACCUUGGAGCAGGCAUACCAAUCUCGUCAAUCACGUAAUCGUGUCGCUCCCCAAUGCUAUGGUGCAUUCGAAGGGAAUGGCGUGGCCGUUCUCAUUCUCGAUUUAUGUGAUGGCGUUCUGAAUGAGUGGGAAGAGCUUAACGACUCUGAGCGAUCUCAAGUGUUUAAGUUGGCACGGGACCUUCAUUGUAUUGGGAUAAUUCAUGGAGACCUCGAGCCCCGGAAUAUUGCGCGUACUCGCGAAGGAGGGUUCUGCCUCAUUGACUUUUCGGAGAGCAGAAGGCACACUUGCAAGGGGAGCAAGAGGUGUGUUGAACUACAAAUAUUGCGAAAGCAGUUGUGGAAACGACAGCCUAGUGUUGCCCCAAUGGAUGGACAUAUCCGGCCUUAA